UCCUCAGAAUACACUGUACAGCCAAAGGACAUCAUGCAUAGUCAAGGGCAAAAUUCCAAGUAUCAGAAGACGAUUGCAAGGCUUCGAAGACAGCAGGACAUGACCAACACAAGUGCCACCGAGCCUGAACUGAACAUCGAGCAGAUCCCAGAUAAGUACAUCGGCUACAUCAUGCACUUCAUGCUCAAGUUCCAGAACGACACGUCCGAGUUCGGCAAGCCCCAGGUGCGGCGCACCUUCCGCUCCUCGUACCCGCUGUUCUUGGUGCUGUACGGGUCGCUCUUCGUGUCCUCUCUCAUCGCCAACGGAUGGAUGGUUCUGCACAUUUACCGCGGGAAACGGCCGCGGGAGACAGUGUGCGUGUACCUCUUUGCCAACGCACUCAACGACAUCUUCAAGCUGCUGGUCGUGAUGCCCAUCUCUCUUGUGACGCUAUUUCUACACAACUGGGUCUUCGGCAGUUUCCUCUGCUUUGCGUCGCCCAUCGUCCAAGAUUUUCCUUUCUACUUGACCUUGCUGACAUUCGUGGCAAUCGCUUGCGACCGGUACCGGUACGCUAUGAACCCGAUGAAGCGCCAGAUACCGCCGCUGCUGUGCCUACUCGGCGUCUGUCUUGUGGCAGGCAUCCUAACUCUGCCGUAUGCUGCUUACACCAAGUUCCUCGACUUGCAGCAGUACUUGGGGUAUCAGUUCCGGGGCACAGGUAUCUGUGCCAUCAACUUGACGGAGAAUAUUGAAGAGUACAUCCGCGGCUUGUUCAUAGUUCUGUACGCGCUACCCGUCGCACUGGUCAUCUACUUGCACGUGAAGGUCACCGUAGAGAUCAAAGCCCAGGAGACUUCGUUGGCCCUGCACGCCACCUACCGGCGCGACAGCAACGGCGAAGAGGCGUCCGUCUGCUCCGUCGCGUCGUCCAUGGCGCCCGAGUCGGUGUACAGCACGCGCUCGUGCGCCGCGUUUCCCGUGGCCACGCGUGACCCGUCCGUGCAGAGGCGCCGCUCCUCGCCCCCCGGCGACGCGCUCGACUGGCUCAAGGAGCGCCGCACGCAGAACACUGUCAUGAUGAUGGUCACGGUGUACGCCGUGUGCCUGCUGCCGCUCAACGUGCUGCGCCUCAUCGUGCACGUUGUCCACGAGGGGCCGGAGCAUAGCGUCCACUUCGACCUGUCCUUCGCGUUCGCUGUUCUCAUCGCCUUCCUGCCCACGCUGGGCACGCCCUACUUGUUCCGCGUGUGGCGACUCAGCCUGGACGCCUGCCAGUACCGCAAGCUGAGGCGCGCGGGCCGCAACAAAGGGCGCUGCGAUUCCAGGGCCUGAGCAGCCGCCUGAUUUCGGUCACGUAUGCGACAGCAGGAGGCGAAAUGUCCCCAGGAGACUUGCAAGCGGAAGGACCGCAGUUUCGACCAACAUUCGCGCAGUACCAGGUGGUCUUUCACCCUGUGCCAUUGGACAACAGAUAGCAGUUGUUUUCUGCAGCUUUUAUUUUGUAGAAUUUCGCGCCUGCCUUCUUCGUGGCUCGUGACGAGACAGCCCAUUCGAGAUAAGAGGUUAAUGGGACACAGUGCUAUAUCAACGGCACUCCAUGGCGUGAACUGCACGAUGCGUAUACUGUCCUAUAUGCGAACGCAACGCCAUUGGUGAUUUGUUUGUGCACCAGGAAGCAGAACCAUUAUUGCCAAAUAUCAAUAAUUCUAUACGUAAGAGCAGAUGGUGAUGUUUAGUCGGACAGAAGUAUUCCUAAAGGCAAGCAGCACUUACGAAUGAAAAGCUUUGUGGAAUUCAGCCCCUGUAGAUGCAUCAACGCCUCCCAGCUUCAAGUUACUUGGUCUGGUUAAUAACGUGCAGGGUUCCGGCCAGUCUCUGACAGUGGAGCUUUUAAUCGACUGCCACAGCGAGUAAAGCCGUACGUUUGCAACCUGCGUGUUGCCAACAUGAUUGCGGUAAUGACUGUAGCAGGUAUGAGCGUCUACGCUACCCACGCUGGUUGUGGCCACUAAGCCCACAAUAAAAAGGACUCAUUUGACAGUCACCUGACUGUGUGAGUGCGACUUAUUUGCGCCGUGUAUUGCCCCAUUCAUAUAAAGCACAAGAUAACUCCGGAUUUUUUCGACCUGUGGGCCACUUCAGGCCUUCGCCUUAAGGAGGCGGAAGCAGAGUUACUUCAUAUUUUUGUGGUAUAACGAUUGUUUGCAAUGCUAUGGGCACGUGUGAAACAUGGCUGCAUGUGGUUAGUCUAUCUGCCUUUAGCGCAGCAUUUAAGGGUCACUGAAUAAUGGCAGUAAAAAAAAAAGCACUGUCUGGAACUGCAAUUGCAUUUAACACGCAUUCCUUACCGACAGGUUUCGCGUUCGUAUAAGCGAGGCGUCUUAGACAGUCAACUUAAGCCAUUUACAAAGUCAGCAGCAGCAAAAAAAGCACUGUCUGGAACUGCAAUUGCAUUUAACACGCAUUCCUUACGGACAGGUUUCGCGUUCGUAUAAGCGAGGCGUCUUAGACAGUCAACUUAAGCCAUUUACAAAGUCCGGGGAUCUUUGCGGCAGCAAUCGGAUAAAGCGUAUUCUUUGCUCUUCUGAGAAGAACUCCCGAGGCUGCUAAAGGGGCCGUACUGUGACCUUUCACGCGUCACCUCUCUUUGUAUCUUCGGCACUGAUCAGGCAGCCUCCCUCACACAUGAAAAAUAUUUCCCACACACUUUCAGUGCGCAACACUGAGGCUCAAGGUAUGCGUCAUGUUGUUUCAUCGAUAAAUUGACAAUUCAACUCUUAGAUGAGAGCGGCACGGAAAAAAAAGAAAAAUGAUCGGGACAUAGUACGUUGGACGUGAUUGGAGGUUAACGUUUCUUUGGGCAAUGUUGGGGCGUAGUGCUAGACAUUGUUGUUGCCACCAUUAUAAUCUCAAUGUUUUACGUGGUGCUGUGAUAGAGCAGUGAAUGUUUGUAAUGCAGUGAUGCAUACGUACUUGCAACAUUACAACAACGCGAAAACGUUCUUAUUUUUCUUUUUUUGCAUUGACGGUUACUGCAAAGUGAUCAAUAAAGCCAUGAUGAAUAUAGACACAUUAAAAUACUGUGUAUAUACGCUAGAUUA